GUACAUUGGAAAGCAAUAUUUGCCUUUCAACCCACGACAGGUUGGCGAAUUGUUAAUGACGGCUCUAUAAUAUGUUAUAAUCAUUAUUUGAAAAUUUACUUAAGAAACUUUUUGGAGUUAGAAGAGGAUAGGAAUAUUUCGAAGGAAAACAAUGGAAUUUUGAUAACUGUGAACGGUGUUAUAUAUAAGAAGAAAGCUUAGCAGAAUAAAUUGUUGGUGUGUGUAAACAAAGUCAUCGUAUUUUGGUUGAUUCUGUUGUAUAUUUGUUCUGCCUGUGGAAUUAUAAUGCAAAUAAAGGACACGUGUACUUUACUAUUGACAUUCAUCAUAGUUUUUGUCUGUCAAGUAUCAUCAAAAGAUCUCUUUUCAUCCGAUCAGGGAGAAGAUAGUGGAAGAAUAGAUGAUCUUGAUAUUAUAGCCGACGGGAGAUCUAAACGGACUAAUUACAGGACUUUAAAUGACAUUCAAAGUGAAAAUUCACUUCUGUCGGUACCGUAUAAAGGUCGUACUUCACUUUUCCCAAGGCAGUUACGACAAAGUCCUUAUUUUGCCCUGCGUGGUAAAAGAAUACCAAAAGGUGAAUACAUUAGUUCUGGUGAUAGCGAUCUUUUCAACGAAGAAAGCAUUGGGGAUAUCCCUUCAAGUUCCAUGCAGUCCCGAGACAAAAGGAUGAUUUCUCUACUUACUUUACCAGAUCCACGAUAUGAAUCACUUAUAAGAAGAGUAAUAGGCCAAUCAAUGAAGAUGUCCAAUGCUAAAGCCAGAGAUUUGAUGAUGGAUAAGAGACAACACUACCGAUUCCAUGCACUUCGAGGAUGAUAGAGAAUAGACAUGAUUCAGGAUAGUGAUCAGUCAAACCUGAAUUAAUACAAUUCUUAUUAAAGAAACAUUCUUGUUACAUUUUUACCCAUUUCAGCUAUAAUUACAUGUUUCUAAUAAUAAAUUACAUUUAUUCCCUUAUCCUUUAACAUUUUUUUAUUAACUACAUAUAAUACAAAUAACGCAAAUAUUUAAGAGUUGUUUGGCGUCUAAACUUAUAAUGCCAGUCUUCUCGAGUUUGAAAUUUCUCCCUGACAUCUAGUUUGACAAAUGUAAAAGUGUGUCUGGAAGAUAAGAUCACAAACUGAAAAAUAAAUGUUUGAUUUUUGACGAUAAUUGUCAGACCGAAUAAAAAUUUGUUUGAAACGAAAGCCGGUCGUGCAUUUUUAUUGGAACUUUUGAAUGCCAUGAGUCUUUGAUUUCAUGAAAGAAAAAAAUAUUCAACUUUUCAGCUUUAGAGUUUAUAAUCUUACGACAAACCUUGGCAUAUGUAAAUAUUGACUUCAUCUCCUGUAAAUAUCGCCAUUUUGACUUAUUACUGACUUCUAGCUCUAGUUAAGAUACUUUGUGGAUGUCGCAGAACAAAAUGUACUUAUAUACAACUAAAAUACAGAAGGCAAUACUUAUUUAUAUUUAUCUUAAAGAAGUAAGCCUUUUAUCAAUGUUCUUACACUUACUUCUUGUCAUUCACUACAAAUAAAACUUAUUGAAUUAACUUG